AUGAGGCGCGCGGCGGGGCCGGGAGGGUCAGCACAUUGUGAGUCGGCAAGGGGACGCGGAACAGCCAGGCGGCGCGCGGCCACCGGGCGCGGAAUCCGCUGUCGCCACCGCUCCGCCGCCGCAGCCCGGCGAGUGGCGGGGCGCGGGGAGGAGGGGGCUGAGCCGGGUGGGGGAGCGCGGGGCGCGGCGGCGGCACCAGGCGGUUCGACUGGAGCCCUGCGUCAGCCGGCGGCACGCGCACACCUGCCCGCCGCCGCUCCCGGCCGCGUCAUUGGCUGCCGGCGCCGAGCGCGCGAGAUUGAACCUUCCAUUCAUUCCAGGGCCGAGCGGGCGCGCGCGGCCGCAGUGGAGCUUUACCGCGGGCGCCCCCGAACCCCCGAAGCGCGUCCCCGCGCAGGCCGUGGGCGCGCACGGCCGCUGCCGCUGUUUGUUCUGGUGAAGGCUGCGAGUGCCUGGGCCUGUGACUCCCGGCUCUCCGCGCGCAGCGUCAGUCUGGGAGGGAAGCUCACAUGGCGGUCCCUAGGAUGCCCUGGACAUCAUUCCGAACAGCACAACUCAAGGGUGGCUGAAACAACAAAAAUGUAACGUCUUACAGAUCUGAAGGCUUCCGGGUCGAUUCUGGACUGUGAUGAGAAUCUGUGCCAUGCCUCUCUCCUGGCUUCUGGUAGACUCGGGCAUUCCUUAGCUUGUAAAUGGCUGCUGCUUGUGUCAUCACAUUGUCUUCCCUUUCUACUUAUCUGUCCCCAUGCCCCAAUUUUUCCUUUUCAGGACACCAGUCAGAUUAGGACCCACCCUAAUGAUCUCAUCUUAACUUGAUUAACUACAAGGACCCUAUUUUUAAGUAAGUCCACAUUUACAGAGACUGGGGGGUAGGACUUCAACAUCUUUUUGGAGGGAUGCGGUUCAGCCCAUAACAAGAAUCAUUGUUAGAAAUGAUUUUGCUUCUUUACUGAAAAAUUAAUAUCAUUCUGCACAGAACUGACUUGCUGCACAUGGCACAUAUUUUUUGCAUUUAUCGUAGUAAAAGAAAUCAGUCACAAAAGCUUGUUUUAGACUGCUACAUACCUAUCACAAAUACAAAUUAUUUCCAACAUUAAAAGUUAAUAAAGCAAGCACUGUCGCCCAAAUUAUAUGGUAUCUAUUGAGCACUCCCUUAUGUACAGAAGAGGAAAAUGAAAAAUGAACAGGAAGUUUAACAUUCAUAAAAACUGUUGGCUGGGCGCGGUGGCUCACUCCUGUAAUCCCAGCACUUUGGGAGACCGAGGUGGGUGGAUCACCUGAUAUCAGGAGUUCGAUACCAGCUGGCCAAUAUGGUGACACCCCGUCUCUACUGAAAAUACAAAAAUUAGCCGGGCGUGGUGGCGGGCGCCUGUAGUCCCAGCUAUCCGGGGGCUGAGGCGGGAAAAUCGCUUGAACCCGGGAGGCGGAGAUUGCAAUGAGCCGAGAUUGCGCCACUGCAUUCCAGCCUGGGCGACAGAGCAAGACUCCAUCUCAAAAAAAUAAUAAUUCACAAAAAUUGUGACAAACUUGUGUUUGCCUAUUGAACUGGCAAAAAUCCUAACGUUUGACAACACACUGUGUUAAAAUACAGCUUUAAAGUUUUAAAAUAAUUUUUUAGUGAGGCUAUAGGUAAACCCAUACUGCGAUACAUUCCUGGUGGGAGUACCAAGGGGGCACAACAUUUAGAGAGGGAGAUUUGGUGAAAUCUCUCAAAAUUUAAAAUAUACUCUAUGACUUAGCAAUCCCUUUCCUGGGAAAUUAUCCAAGAGAUAUAAAUGCAUCUUAUACAGCAAAUGAUGUGUAUACCUGGAUUGAUUUUUAUGAUAGCAAAAGAAUGGAAAUAACCUACGUGUCCACCUACAAGGGCUGAAUAAAUAAACAAUGGUACACUGAGAUGUAAAAUCCUUCUGUGUAUUUAUAUGGGAAGAGCUCCACAAUACAUUGUUAAGUACAGGAAGCUGCAUGCCAAACAUCACAUAUGCUGCCUUUUGUGUAAGAAAGGAAGGGGAUAAUGAGAAUAUAUGUUAUACUUAUUUAUAUACUUAUAAUUAUAUAAUACGUUUAUAUACAGAAACACUCAGAAGGAUAUAUAAGAAACUAAACGAUUGCGGGCAGAUAGGGAGAUCAGAAUGGAUGGAAAUAGGUGUGGGAGCAGGAUUUAAUGUAUAUUUGUUAUAUAGUUUUGAUUUUUCAGCCAUGUGAAUGUGCAACUUAUUUUUUAAAAUUCAGUAAGAACAAUAAGGUUAUGAAAAACUGUUGAUGCUACUUCUAUGAAAAAUGCCUUUAGAAACCUGUAUUUUGAAAACUCAAAUGCUAAAAAAGAUAACCUCAAAAAAAUGGAUAGAUGAAGCAAAUGUGGCAAAAUCUUGAUAACUGUUAUCUGGGUAAUGGAUAUGUGGCAUUGUACUAGUCUCUAGUUUUAUCUGUUUGCACAUUUUCACAUUUUAAAUGUUCUCUCAAUCAUC